AUGUCUCUGAAGACCAGACAUUUCCUGUUUUUAGUGACCUGUCCAGACGGUUACGAGAAGUAUCUUGAAGUCUGCUACAAAGCCUUUAAGGCCUUGAAGACCUUCUCCAAAUCGGCCAAGACCUGUCGGGCUGACGGAGGCACCCUCGCCAUGCCCCGCGACGCCGGUAUCCACGACUUCCUCUUCUCCCUGAUGAAACCGCUACUACCGCUACCGCUAUUCGAUUUUUGGAUCGGCUUACAUGAUGAGCGACAAGAAGGCAAGUGGGAGUGGAUAGACGGCACCGCUCUGGGGACAGGCUAUAACCGCUGGAAGAACGGUCAACCCGACAACUAUGGGGGGAAUCAGGACUGCGCUUUCUAUAGCUACUGGGGAUCGGGCAGGUCUCCCUCGUCGGCCUUUUGCUGCUCCAGGCAAGUAACCGGACGCCCAUGUAUGGGAAGCGGCCCCGGCUACAGUCGUGAAACGUGGGUCCCGACAUCCGGGUGUGAAGACGACUUAGAAGUGACCUAG